CUGUAUAACGCCUUCUCCUCAUGUGCUUUUCCUCCCCACAAUUCAGCGAUUUCUGGCGUUUACAUUUGAAUGCCAGUCGAGUCGUUUGAUUUUUUUCUUUCAAAUUGACAUGAAAAAAAAAGCUGCAUUGUCGAUGUUGAAUCAUCUCAGCAACACUGAUUUGGGAGAAAUAUUGAACGAUGAUGGAAGAUUCGAGGAAGUUGUCAAUGACAUAAAACAGUUUGAAGAAUUGGAAUCUGAAAAGGAAGUUCUGAUCGCUGGAAAUCGUUCUCUGGCCGAAGUCAAUCUAGAAAAGCAACCCCAACUCGAGGAGAAUAAAAAAACAUUACAUGAACUGUCUGAAAGAAAGGCUGUAAAGAAUCAGAAAAAAUAGCUGGGAAAUUCUUAUCGGGAUAUACAGAAGUCGAUGAAUUCCUGGAUCAAUUCUUGACCCGAAGAAAGAUGCGAGA